UUUAACCGUUUUUAGACACUAGUUGCUUCCUAACCCUGCCGCGGGCCCCCGCUCGCCAUCGGCAAGAGCGCGCGAGCGCCUGGUGGGCUGGUCUGGCAGCCGGGGCCGACCCGCUUCACAAUGUUUUGGUCGAGUGUCGGAGAAGAUCAUGUUUACGUGGUCCAGCGGUCAUGGCCGACCUCCUUCAUGUUUUGCUUGGGGAUCCGAGCGCAGCAUGCGAAGGUGGUCUAGCGGCCAGGGCUGACCUUUUUCACGUGUCCUGUUCGGAUAUCCGAGCACAGCAUGUGAGGUGGUUUGGCAGCCGGGGCCGACCCCCUUCACAUGCUCCGCUCGGAUCUCCGAGCGAAACUAAGUGUCUUUGGAAUGCUGCGUGACGAGCUUGGCGCUGCUUCGGCACGGCGUCCCCACCAAUUUCGCUUAUGACAGCCGCUACUCGAUAUCCGAGCAGAGCAUGUCAUGCGCGAGCGCGCGCUCUUGCCCCUGGUCUGCUGCGGGGCGCGCACGGCGUUGCGGCGGCGCAGUAAGAGGUCGGUGCCGACCGCCAGCCCGCGUGCAGCCCAGGGCCUCAGCUCAAAGAUCAAAGCGAUGAUUGGCGACCGAACGCUGCCUGCAAUCGGGGCGUUGUCGAGCGCAGUUUGCAUUCACGGAGAGCCGGCCCUUUUGUUUGCCAAGUGGGUCGGCUUCCUUGUGGUGUGUGUGCGGGUGGGGGGGGCACAGAACCGCCGAGGAAUGCCGAGGCCAGCCUCGCCGGUGCAGAUCUGCUCCCACUGCGUUGCAUCGAGUUGCUCCGGCGGCGCUGCACACCCUCCGCCUGCCCCCUUCUCCCCAGCGGCGCGGGAAAUCGCACGGCCAAGGCCGCGCGGCGCGGGGGCGGGCUCCCGUGGGCCUCCCACGUGGGGUCGGAGCGGAGGGGAGGUCCUCGGGGCCCUCUUGGGGGGUACUCGUGAGGCUCCCACCACUGAAGCUUCCCGGGGGGUUGCAUUGGUCUUGGUGCACUUUUGCAGUCUCAAUGUCGGUCGUUCUAGUACCCUUUGUUUUACCCAAGCGCCGUGCCAAGAGCUGGCACAUGGGUUGGUUCCGUGCUGCGCGCUGGGCCAGAACAGGCGCCCACGCCCGCAUCCACAGUCUUGGAGUUUGAGUGUUGGGGGGGCAUGUGCUUGCUGGGAUACUUGCCACAAGCACUGCACCCAAGGUUGUGCACGCCGCCCCUCAGCACAAGACGUGUUUCGCAUCACUCGCAGGGCCAUCGUGCAAUUUAAUCACGGUGGGCAAACAAGGACGCCCCGUGGUGCCUGUUCGAGGCGCAGACGCGGGGUGCUCUCCCAGCUUGCCACGGCUUUGCCAAGUGUUUGCAGCUCGAUCUGUUUGCUCUCUCUCUCUCUCUCAUCUCCCCUCCCUGUCACACUCUCUCUCUGCAGCGGAGCUCUGAAGGGACACGCUGCCCACCACUUAGUUUGAGGCAUACGCAGGGGAUCUGAGCGUAAUUCGAGAUCUGCUGGUCGCGCUGGAAUCUGGAAUGGGUCCACGCCCAACAGUUCUGAGCACACAUGUUCCCCCACCAUGUUAUGGUAUUAGGUCCUCGAUUUGGAGACACAGCGCCCCGCGUCUCCUCUCCUUCCUCCUCCCCCCUCCCUCUCCUUACCCAGGUUGCAUUGGUCUUGGCGCACUCUUGCAGUCUCCCUCAUUGUAGGGUCGUUCUAGUAGUAUUUGUUUUGCCCAAGCGCCGUGCCAAGAGCUGGCACGUGGGUUGGUUCCGUGCUGCGCGCUGGGCCAGAACAGGCGCCCACGCCCGCAUCCACAGUCUUGGAGUUUGAAUGUCGGGGGGGGGCAUGUGCUUGCUAGGAUGCUUGCCACAAGCACUGCACCCAAGGUUGUGCACGCCGCCCCUGAGCACAAGACGUGUUUCGCAUCACUCGCAGGGCCAUUUUUUUUGCAGCUCGAUCUGUUUGCUCUCUCUCUCUCUCUUUCUCUCAUCCCCCCUCCCUGCCACACUCUCUCUUUGCAGCUGAGCUCUGAAGGGACACGCUGCCCGCCACCUAUUUUGACGCGUACGUGCGGGAUCCGAGCGUAAUUCGAGAUCCUGCUAGUCGCGCCCAACAGUUCUGAGCACACAUGUUUCCCCUCCAUGUUAUGGUUUUGUGUCCUCGAUUUGGAGAAACAGCGCCCCGCGUCUCCUCUCCUUCCUCCUCCCCCCUCCCUCUCCC